AUAUAUAUAUAUAUAUGUAUAUAUUGAUAUACAAUUUCUUUCCUAAAGUUAAACUUAUUGCUCAAUACGGAUGAUACCAACUCGAGAUAUAUCCCGCGCGCGAAUUUGCUUAGUCAUCAAUUCACAGCUGCUCCAAAAUCUUGCAUCACCACUUCCUAUACACGAGCUAUCUUAUCUCGUCUAUCGAAAGUGCAAAUAACUUGUUUUUCGACUUGUUUUAUCAUGACGUUCUUUCAGAAUUUCCUUUCAUGUUGCCGCUCGUGUGCAUUGCGAGCUCGAUGCGCAGCUCUUAUCUCAUUAGGACAAUCCGCGAUACACAAUUUCCGCAAAAGUUCAACUUACGCGCUCUGUUUCUCCGGGAUUUAUCGGCUAGUGGAAGGGGACGCACUGCGGAAAAACAGACAGUCAUGAGCGAGCUCGAGACUAUUGAGUUACGUAACGUCACCAGCGUCCGCGAGAACGCAUGUGACUCCGAUUUUCGCGUACCAGCGCGAGUUACAUCAUUCCGUGGUACCAAUGUCGCGGUCGCGGCACCGGAAUUCGCGCAUCUAGGAAUCACGGAAAUUCCGUGUAGUCGCGCGCGGCUAUAAACCCCUUGCGACGCAAAACGCGAACGCUCUCGAAGCGACUAUAUUCGCGCGACCCCGAAAAUAUAUAGUCACGUGGCGCGCAGACGGCAACGACGUCAACAUGCGCCCCGAUCGAUCACCCGCGACUACGCAGCACUUUUCAAACCGAGAGGUGCGGCGACGACGACGACGACGACGACCACCGAUUGAGGCGUCGCGACGUAUGUGUAUGUGUAUGUAUAAAUAUGUGUGUGUGUGUGUAUGUAUGUAUGUAUGUGUGUGUUUACGACGUGUAUUUUUGUUCUGUACACAAUUUUCCUUAAACGAGGGAUUAUAUAACGAGUGACUAUACCAGUACUGACUAUAUCGCAAAAUCACGCGAUUCCUUAUAAUUGCAAUUACUCACCCUCCCAGAGACGAUCGGAGUCGGUGUACCUUCCACUUGGGCUGAGGAAGAGCUUUUAGAAAAAAACCCAAGAAAGCUCGAUCGAUCCGUGCUAGCGCGCGCACUGAUAACUUGUUUUUAUUCACUAUAAGCUUGGGUCGCGCAGUCGAUGAAUCAGGUGGACUUUCAGCUGUUCUCUUGCGCUGCGCUUCGUCGCGUGUGAUCGCUCCGAUUGUCGUUCAUGCAAUGCAGCCGGAGAAGCGACGGCGCCGGGAUUAAACACGUCACGGGACGGCGUUCAGUGCGCGCACCGCGUAUAUCCGUGCCGGUGAACGUCAUUCGCGGCGAAUCAGCAACUUGUUUCUAAUCACUUUAAUGGUAAAAAAUUAUGCAAAGGCUCAUGAUAUUGGAAACUACAUGUUGAAAAAUAAUCGCAACAAUGCUGACGUUAUUAAAGCUCUCAGAAUUUUGAAGCGCAGAGAAUUCGGAAUACAACAACGGAGUACGUUAAAUCCUAUUAAUAGCCAAAUAGAAUCCGACAGUGAAUGUGAAGAAAAUGACAGCACCGACUUUGUAGAUGAUAACAUAAAUAUUCAUCUCGAUCCAAUAAUAAGUACAUUGCGCAAUACGUCUACGUUAUGUAAUAGUAGAAAUAAUAAAACCAAUUUAGAUUAUAAACCAAAUAUGCAUAGAGUGAUACUACUAAAAACGGAUAUCAAACAGAAUAAAUAAAUAUUUAAUUU